UGGCUUGUCUGGGAGGUCUUUCGGCGUGGUUCCGCGGGUUGGGUACGCGAUUCACUCAGUUGCCGGUGGGCUGUACAGCGAGACGCGUGCUAAGUCGCCCACGAGAAAGUACCGAAUCCGCGGUUGCCGUUGCUUUCGAGAAUUCCCGAGAAUCGAGGCAUCUGAACGGACAUGGCUCCCGUAGUUGGCUACUGGGACGUGCGGGGCCUGGCGCAGUUCAUCCGCAACCUCCUCGUGUACAAGGGAGUCGAGUUCCAGGACAAGCUGUACAAGUUCGGCCCGGCGCCCGACUUUGACCGAUCCGACUGGUUCAAGGAGAAGUUCACGCUGGGACUGAAGUUCCCCAACCUGCCGUACUACAUCGACGGCAACGUCAAGAUCACCCAGAGCUUGGCCAUCCUGCGCUACCUGGGAAAGAAGCACGACCUGGCCGGCAGGAACGAGGAGGAGACCCUCGAGCUGGACGUGCUCGAGCAGCAGGCCCGGGACCUGUCCACACGCCUGCUCACCUCCACGGCUCCGACCCCCAACUACGAGGAGGUGCUUAAGGCGUACGCGGACAACAUCGACAACGUGCUCAAGCCCUGGGAGGAGCACCUGGCCAGCAACAAGUGGGCCCUGGGCGACAGGCUCACGUACGUGGACUUCCUGCUCUACGAGGGGCUCGACUGGCACCGCGAGUUCAAAGGCGAGGCCGUGCAGCGGCACCCACACAUCGUCGAGUACCUGAAGAAGUUCGAGGAGCUGCCUAACCUGAAGGAGUACUUCGCCUCGGACAAGUACCACAAGUACCCCAUCCUGGGCCCACACCGCAAGUGGGGCUUCAAGAAGUGAACCACCCUGCCAAUUGCAUGCUCCUCGUACGGGUAACCACCUUUAGCGCUCUAGCGCCACCGAAUAAUAAAAAAAGGCCCGCUACUUGAAUAAACUGAAAUAAUCUGGGGAUUGAACCCGGGACUGACGCCAUUCCGUGGCAGUCGCUAUGCCAUCUGAACUAAUGAUAAGUCUAGCAAAUCUAGGUCGAGGCCAGAUUGAUAUGAUAACUGGAAACGUAGGGACACUGAUAUUGAAAAAUAGUUUUGCCGAAGCCCGCAAGCUGGAGGACGUUUCGUGAGUGAAAUAUUGGCAUCCACCUGGACUGCAGCACAAACGUGACUCACUGCAUUACGUUGGUGCUCUAGAAUUCAGCCCUCUUAUUCCGGUGUUCAAGAAGGAAGGAUACCUUCUAGAAAGUAGAAUACCUUGGAUAGUGGAGGUAGAAUACCACUACCUUGACUCGACGCUUAAGCAACUUCGCCUCAACCCAUUGAUGGAUGCUAAAAGCACCCCCUCCGAAACGAGGUGGUGGGUGAUGCCCCCCCAAGCUCGCUAUUUUUUCCCUUGUGCUUCGUUUAUUAUCGGCCCUUAAAGGGCAAGGGGUGAGACCGGGCAAGUUGGCGAUCCAUAACGCGCUAAGCGUGGCAGUAAGCGAAGGACUAAAAGGCACGACGCAGAUAAGCGUUUGUAUCCGUCUCGCCUUUCCGUCGUUUGUUUGCGGUCGAUCGGUGUAGGUCAUCUUAAAAGGCAGCGAAACAAUUUUUCAAAAUAAAGGUGAGUUUUUAGCGAA